AGGAAUAUAACUGGAUCAACAGCACAAAGACGGAAGACUGUGUGGAACUGUCCUGUAAAUUAGCGCGUCACUGUACUUGUUCAAACAAUGCUCGAAUACAUUUAGUUAGAUUGUGCGAUCGACGCGGAGACACGAAUUCGGGUCCUGAUGGGGAUUGAAACGCAAGCCAUUGUCCCUAUAGACUGGACUCGUAAGGAAAAUAACAAGGGCGACAUUUGAAAGUGGAUAUUACACCAGACACUACAACAUACAAGACAAUAUGGACUUUCAAGGCAUCAGUGCACAGGCAAAACCACCGACAGGUAGGAGGAUGAAGGCCCGUGCUCCCCCUCCACCCCCUGCCCCACAGCCUGCCCCGCGUAGGAUCUUCCCCACCCGAAAUGUGGUGCCUGAUGGUGGGCAGAGUGGCAGUGAUACCAAGGAGAACAUCAUCCGCCCCUCUGUGGACCUGCUCGUCACUCUCCCUGAGGGCUUCCAGACCUCCUGCACUGUGGAUGGCAAUAAAGCGCUCAUGGAUCUGCUGGUGGACCUGUGCAGCCAGCACCACCUGAACCCAGCGCACCAUACCCUUGAACUGCUGUCGCCCGCUGCACAGCCGCUGGCCUUCAAGCCCAACACGCUGCUGGGGGUGCUGGAUGUGCACCGCAUCCACAUCAAGGAGAAGGUUGCGGAAGAGAAGGUGGUCCGCAAGCCCCUGCCUAAAGUGCCGGAGAAAACAGUGCGUCUGGUGGUGAACUACCACAGGACCCAGAAGGCUGUGGUGAGGGUGAACCCACUGAUUCCGCUGGGAAGCCUAGUGCCGGUGAUCUGUGAGAAGUGCGAGUUCGACCCGGCCCAUGUCCUGCUGCUGCAAGACAACGUCAGCAACCACGAGCUGGACCUGGAGCGGUCCCUGAGCGAGCUGGGCAUCCGAGAGCUGUAUGCGCUGGACCAGAGUCUGGUUCUUCAACCUAAAAUGGCUUCUGCCCCUGCUCUUAACUACUCAGAAUCCAUCCGCUCCAACACCUUGAGCUUCAGUGGCGCCCAAAAGAGAGGACUCCUGGGAUUCUUCAAGUUCAACAGACGGAAAGCAAAGAGCGAGGAGCACACGGACAUGGAAGCUACUGACGAAAUAAGUGUUUCAAAUGCAGAAAGCUGCUGCAAUGGUGUAUCUGACGCCCCCUACAGGCCAUAUGUGGAGGCACGCCCCAGCACUCUGGGACAGUCCCAAUCUGUCAUGAACAUCUCCAGGAUCUCCCCCAAAGUGGAACCGAAGAAGAGACGGGCCCCUGCACCUCCCCAGGCUCCGGUCAUCUUGUCCCAGACUCCAGGCCCAGUGGAGAGUAUCCAGAUGAGUUCCAGCUCUCCUAACUCCACUCAGCAGAAAAAGAGGAGGGCACCGGCCCCACCCCCAACCCCGGUCCCCAGCAACCCAGCGGAGGACUCUGUGUCUGAGCUAAGUCACAGCACGGAGGAUUCGGAGCCCGCAGCCUCCAUCGCCAGCAGCAGCAGCAUGGAGGCGGUGGACCCCGCCCCCAGCACCACACCUGAGGAGGUCGAGCCCGCCCCCAGCACCACGUCUGAGGAGACCGAGUCUGCCCUCAACCUCAAACUGGAGGAGAUGGAGAACAACAGGCACAGCACCAUGGGUGCUGGGCGUCAAGUGCCACUCAAACCUCGACGAGCCCCACCUCGGGACCCGCCCCAAUUAGAGAUCCCCCCUCCCCCUCCCUAUCCCCCCCCUCCCACAGAUCAAGACUCCCAUGAUGCCCAGCUGGAAAUGGUGGUCCAACCCUGGCUACGUUCCCUGCAGGAGAGUGCAUCGGACCAGGCCCCAGAGGCGGAGCCAGAAGUGAAGGCGGGAUUGGGGGCGGAGCCGGAGGUAGAGACCGUGUCGAUGGACAGCAACAGUAGCUGCCCUGAUCAGGGCUACGCUGCCUCGGAGGGCAUGGCAGAAGACUCGGGUGUCAUGAGUUCGCCCUCUGACAUCGCCCACCCGGCCUCGCCCGAUGGCAGUAUUUUUCUGGAUCAGGGCCCAGCCCACACCCACACUCUGCCCAAGGACUGUUCCAGUGACAGUGAUGAGGGAUGUGCCACAUGGGGCUCCCGACACAGACACAGCACUGAUAUUUACCACAAGAGUCAAUCAGGCAGAAGAGAGGACAGCUAUGAAGAGGACCCAGUACUCACGGCCCAACUUCACCAGACUCUGGCUGACCUUGAGGCCAACCUGGCAGAUGUUGAUCACACAGAGAGAGCAUCAGUCAGUGAGUCUUUGAUGGGCAGGUUCCAUCACAGUGAAAUCCCUGUCUCAAUUGUGGAUUCUGAGAUUCCUGUGACAACAAUAGAUGAAGUGUUUGAGGACUACAGCCAUGGCAUGACCGAGUACGAAGCAGCGCUGCUGUGUAGCACGCAGAACUCGAGCAUCGCAAAUCACAGCUGCAUUCAUCAGCCAAGUGGCCAUAUAGAAAACAAGAACAACAAUGCCCGGACGUCUGACGGGCACAGCGAAGCAGACGCAGCCCCUUCUCCAGCAACUCACCACCCUGCUUUGCCUGAUAAAGGCCUCAGCCAUAGCAGGGACAAGGAGGAUGGCAGCCCCAUGACCCAAGAGAGAGUUACCCUGGCCAGCUCUAGAACGGAUAUCAGUAGCCCAAAAGACACUGUACCUGAGGGAACACAAACCCAACAAGCACUUGCUCCACAAAGGAGCCCUCCCAGUAUUCUAGUACAAGCCCAGACUGAGGCCAAGGAGGCUUCUGAGGAGGGUGACCCCGCAGCUUCUGCUCGGUGGCAGACAGCCCAGAGUAAAAUUACCCAGAGUCCCACCUCUCGGUUUGGUAUGAAGACCUUCACUGUGGUUCCGCCCAAACCCACCCAGAUUCAAACUGUGAAGCCGGCUGGCUCUCUUGUAAUAGGUGCCAUAAAGAUAGAUGCACAGGGUAAUAUGGUGAAACAGGAAAGCUCCCAAAGCCAAUAUGGCAGCUCCCCAGGUUCUGGGAGUGACUCUGAGGUGCCACUCUUGGGCAAAGCCAAGGCCUUCUGGAACUCCACAGAGCAGCAGGACACAGUCACUGCUUCAAGGGGCCACCCUCCCAACACCAGAGAUCAUGAAGCCUCAAGACCACCUCCAGCAGAACCUCCUGAAGCUCUUCCUUCUGUGGGGGGAAAAACUGAAAUAACCCAGAGGGAACCUAUGGAAGUUGCAAAAAACCAGCAAGCUGAGAGUAAGCCCUCUGCUCCAGAACCCACACAGCAGCCUGUGAAAUCCACCCACGAGCUCGAGCAGAAGAGAGACCUGUCCUUCCUGAGGCCCUCCAGGAGAACCUCCAGUCAGUACGUAGCCUCUGCCAUUGCUAAGUACACUGGGAAGCCCUCUGGCAGAGCCGAGAGAAUUCCGGAAGCACAUACAAUGGCUGAGUACUCUGUGCACAAGCAAAAGCCUCUUGGCAAUCAAGGCUUUUCACAUGGAAGCAAUGCCAAGUUCACUCGCAUGUCAUCGGACACACUCCAAACACAGAGCAGGCCGAUCACAUUUGGGGCAAAUCCAAAACGAUCCCUUAGCUUCCCAGAUUACACCAUCGAGAAAUCUGACAGCUCUACUGAGCUAAAACAGGAGAGCGGUGAUCAGUCAAACUCUCAGAGUGGUGGAGGCAGCACCAGCUCUCUAAACACAAAUCCAGCUAGCAUAUCCAGCAACACUUUACCCCCAUGGGAGCCAGUAACAUCUGUUCAGAAGCCAACAUCCCCCACCAGACCCCUGCAUAACUCAGUGCCUGGAAGUGCCAGGAAUGGUGCGCGCCCUGAGCCGGCUAAGAAGCCAGACCCUCCGCCAGCCGCCAGCGGGCCCUCAGACGACGGACAGGUGGGCCCGUUUGGGCCAGUGAAGAAGUUCAAGCCUGUGAUUCUGAAGUCAGUACAGAAGGAGAUGUCUCUGCACAGCUGCCUGAUGGAGGCAAUCCAAGCAGGCGAGGGGAAGGAGCGUCUCCGCAAGAUAUCUGAUACUGCAAGAGAGAGCAUGUUGAAAAAACCAUCCUUUGUCGAAGUAGAAAAUGAACGUUCCGCACUUUUGUCAGCAAUCAGAGCUCAAAACAACGCCUCCAGACUGAGGAAGGUCCAGUGCGAGGCAUCCACAGAGCUGGAGGAGCUCAGGAAGACUGAGCAGAAGACCAGCGCUCAGAGCAAGGACACGCCUCCUCCACCUCCACCCCUCUCUGCUCCUCCUCCUCCUCUGUUUGCCCCUCCCCCUCCUCCGCUCUCGGCCCCUCCCCCUCCUCUCUCCACCCGGCCCAAGCCCGCCCUCGCCCUGAAAGUCGCUGGAAACCCAGAGCAGGCCCGCGAGGCUCUGCUUGAGGCCAUCCGGUCGGGUUCAGGGGCUGAGCGUCUGAAGAAGGUCCCUGUUCCCACUAAGACCGUACUAGUCAAUGGAAGGCUGGGUAUAAUACAGACAGCGGCAGCUGCCCCACAGGAACACUGAGAAAUGUUCCAGAGUCUCGUCUGCAGCCACCACACCAGCCUGAUAGAAGCUCUGCAAGCCAAACCAUGCGAUUAAUAAUCCCUCCUCUUGUGGUGUUCUUGUUUUUGUAUAUACUUGAG